AAGCGUGGACUUUUCUGUUCUGGCUCUUCUGUUCACUAGCUGGGUCAUUCUGAGCAAAUUACCUACCUGUGUGCCUCAGUUUCCUCAUCUACAAAAUGGGCUAGUCACUGGCAUGGUACUGAGCUGUGUGGGACUGGAGGUCAUAGGAAGAGGCUGGUAGGCACUUCAUUUCAGGGACACAGGACACAGGGAGGGGACGCUGAGCUGCUCCUAGCUCAGAGAGGCUCCAGGGACAGGCAUGAGAAGGAACAGGAUGCGGAAUGGUGAGUGGACCUGGGUCUCAGAACACAGACAUCUUGAAGUCUGCUGUGUGAUGAUUUCACACUUGACCCCCCAACGUCCUGAGGCAUUGCUGUCCUCAUUUCUCAGAUGGCACUACAGAGGCCCAGGGAAAAGGGGCGUAGGCCAGGACACCCAGCUCUUCUCCCAGUAUCCGUCUCAGGCCAGCUUUUCCAACUGUCAAUUGGGAUUCUUCCUAGACCUCCAACUGUACCUGCCAAUCCACUUCUGACCCCCAACCUGUUAUGCCCACUAUUUGCUGCUGCUCAGGGCAGCCUUAACCCCUCCUUCCCCACAAUCAGCUGCUCCAAGCCAAGCCCACCCCUGCCCCCUGGAGGGAGGCUCCUCCUUUUAAGGCUGCUUCUGGGAAUUUCCACUCCAGACCCAGAGCCAGAGACCCCAGCCCCGCUUGACACCUGCAGCUCACCCUUAGGGAGGUGGGGCACCAGACCUUAGGGUAGGAGACUGCAGCCCCAGAGAGGGGAGGAGGGGCUCCCCCUCCCUUGCCUGCCACACAUUGAGCUUGCCUGCAUCAAGUUUGGCCAGUCUGUGAGGGUCAGGAAUAGAGCAGGAGACCUCCUUCAAGAGGUGCCCACUGCUCCAUCCCUGCACCGGGUGGCCCAGGAGAGAGGGGCAGCCCAGAGGGCACAGCGCACACACCCCCACCCGCAUCUGCUUUGCAGCCUCACUGGCCAGGAAGGUGGACACCUCAUACCUCAGUCUCCCAAUUACGCCCUCCUCCUCCCCCUCCUCCUCCCUCUUCUCUCUCCUCCUCCUCCCCUUUCUCUCCUCCUCGCCCCCCUGAAAACCUGUGGCUUGGAGAGACCUUGGCUUCUCUGGGACUCUACUCCUGGGGACUGCCCACAUCUGCUCCUGAGCUUGGGGGCAGGGGGGCAACCGCCUGAAGAACCUCUCCAGCGAUGGGAGCCGCCCGCCUGCUGCCCAACCUCACUCUGUGCUUCCAGCUGCUGAUUCUCUGCUGUCAAACUCAGGGGGAGAAUCACCCGUCUCCUAAUUUUAACCAGUACGUGAGGGACCAGGGUGCCAUGACCGACCAGCUGAGCAGGCGGCAGAUCCGCGAGUACCAGCUCUACAGCCGGACCAGCGGCAAGCACGUGCAGGUCACCGGGCGUCGCAUCUCCGCCACCGCUGAGGACGGCAACAAGUUUGCCAAGCUCAUAGUGGAGACCGACACGUUUGGCAGCCGGGUUCGCAUCAAAGGGGCUGAGAGCGAGAAGUACAUCUGUAUGAACAAGAGGGGCAAGCUCAUCGGGAAGCCCAGCGGGAAGAGCAAAGACUGCGUGUUCACGGAGAUCGUGCUAGAGAACAACUACACGGCCUUCCAGAAUGCCCGGCACGAGGGCUGGUUCAUGGCCUUCACGCGGCAGGGGCGGCCCCGCCAGGCCUCCCGCAGCCGCCAAAACCAACGCGAGGCCCACUUCAUCAAGCGCCUCUACCAGGGCCAGCUGCCCUUCCCCAACCACGCUGACAAGCAGAAGCAGUUCGAGUUUGUGGGCUCCGCCCCCACGCGCCGGACCAAGCGCACGCGGCGGCCCCAGCCCCUCACGUAGUCAGGAAGGCAUGGGGCAACACCCCUUGGCCGCCUCCCCAUCCCCUUCCCUUCUUAAUUCCAAGGACUGGGCUGGGUGGCGGGAGGGCCGCGAAGCAGCUAGCUCCCAUCCCCCCCCCCGCUGGGAAGGGGCAGGCCGGUGCCCCAGGGGCGGCUGGCACAGUGGCCCGGGUGGCAGGCCCUGGAGAGGAACUGAGUGUCACCCUGGUCUCAGCCGCCAGCCUCCGCCGGCCUCCCAGCCGGGCUCCUGAAAGGCCGGGUCCUCGAGACCUUGCAGACGCCGUCUGGAGGUGGCUGUCCUCAAAAUCUGCUCCCGGGUCUCCCUCAGUCUGCCCCCAGCCCCCAAACUCCUCCUGGCCGGACUGUAGGAAGGGACUUUUGUUUGUUUCAGGAAAAAAGAAAGAGGGGGAGAGAAAGAGAGAGAAUAGAUGGUUGGCCACUCCUCACAUUCCGCGACCCAGGCCUGCACCCCACCCCCAACUCCCAUCCUCAGAAUAAAACCAUUUUCCUGCAAA